GAACAUUCUGAAUGUAUCUGGUGUCCUUUUAGCGUUUCGAUGGCCUCUAUUUCCUCCUCCAUUCUGAAGCCUCCUGACCCAGGCGAUGAAGAAAACCCCAUUGGUCCUGGAGACGGAUGAUGGCCUUGGAGAAGAUGGGAAUGCAGCCACAGAGGGGGCAGCUGGGGAGGAGCAUGGAAUGCUGCCCUUGGACACCGCCUUCCAGAGGGAAAGCCCUCCCUCCCCAAAGAUUAGGAUGAACCUGAAUUAUCUAGCAGGAGCCGUGAAGCAGGACGACCCAAAUCGCUUCGACAGGAACCGUCUUUUUGAUGCCGUGGUAGCGGGGAAUCCUGAAUGGCUCAAUGGCCUGGGGGAUUAUUUGCGGAAAACAUCCAGCUUUCUCACCGACUCUAAGUAUAGGGAUGGGAAGACAGGCAAGACCUGUUUAAUGAAGGCCUUGCUCAAUUUAAAAGAUGGGAAGAACCCCACCAUCCCUUUGCUCUUGAAGAUAGACAAGGAGACCAAGAACCCGCAGCCUCUGAUCAACACCGCUUGUUCCAGCAACUGCUACAAUGGCCAUACAGCCCUCCACAUUGCCAUUGAGAAGAGAAAUCUGGAUCUUGUGAAAUUACUGGUGGAGAACGGUGCUGAUGUCCAUGCCAAGGCUUCUGGUCAUUUCUUCCAGCAGCAGAAGAAAGGGGUGUGCUUUUAUUUUGGCGAGCUCCCUCUCUCCUUGGCCGCUUGUACCAACCAGCCAGAAGUGGUCAUGUACCUCCUGGACAAUCCUCACCGGAAGGCUAAGCUGACCGAACAGGACUCCAUGGGAAACACCGUCCUCCACGCACUGGUGAUGGUGGCCAAUGAUACGGAGAAGAACACAGAGCUUGUGGUCAACAUGUACGACAUGAUCCUUAUGAAAGGGGCCGAGAUCAACCUUUCACGGGAGUUGGAGGAGAUUGUUAACCAACACCAGCUAACCCCUCUGAAGCUGGCUGUUAAGACCGGGAAAGUCGAGAUCCUCAAGCACAUUCUUCACCGGGAGAUCAAGGACCCCAAGUUCCAGCACCUUUCACGCAAGUUCACCGAGUGGACCUAUGGCCCAAUCCACAUCUCCCUCUAUGAUCUGACCUCCAUCGACAGCUGCGAGGAGAACUCAGUGCUGGAGAUCCUGGCCUACAGCAGUGACACUCCAAACCGGUACAAGAUGGUGGUCCUGGAGCCUCUGAACAAGUUACUGCAGCACAAGUGGGAGUCCUACAUCGCAAAACGGUUUUUCCUCAGUUUAUUCAUCCAUCUGGGUUUCAUGGUGAUCUUCACAGCCACUGCUUACUACCGGCCCCUGGAAGGCGAGCCUUCUGUUCCAAUGCCAGAGACGGUCGAGAACUUAUCGAGGUUUAUUGGGCCUGUGGUCGUUUUAAUCGGCGGCAUUUAUCUCUUUGUUGCUCAGAGUUUUUACUUCUGGAGGAGGCGUUUCUCUUGGAAAAGUCUUCUGGUGGACAGCUGCUUCGAAAUGUUCUUGUUUGUCCAGUCGCUUGCCAUCCUGGCCUCGUCCGUGAUGUACUUUGCCAAGCUGGAAGACUACGUGCUGCCCAUGGUGUUCGCCUUGCUUUUGGGCUGGGUGAACAUGCUGUACUACACCCGAGGUCUUCAGCAGACGGGAAUCUAUAUCGUGAUGAUCCAGAAGGCUAUCUUGAGGGACCUUCUGCAUUUCCUGAUGGUUUAUGUGAUCUUCCUCUUUGGUUUUGCGACAGCUCUCGUCAUUCUCACCGGGGACGCCUCCCACUUGGCCCACAAUGUGUCUCUCCCGCUCCGCAGCGACUCUGAAGGCCAGGCCGCGUACGCAGGGCUUCUUAAGGCUUCUCUGCAGCUCUUCAAGUUCACCAUCGGCAUGGGUGACCUGGAGUACUGCGAGAAGACAAAAUACAGCUACUUUGUGAUGGUCUUGCUCCUCCUCUUCGUCAUCUUGACGUACAUCCUGUUGCUCAACAUGCUGAUUGCCCUGAUGAGCGAAACGGUCACCAAUGUCUCAGGGUACAGCCAAAGCGUCUGGAAGUUGCAAAGAGCAAUUGCUAUUAUGGAGAUAGAGAGAAACUGGAUCUGGUGCUGGAAGAAAAGCCAGAGAGCCGGCUGUUUCAUCUCCAUCAGCUCUGAGGACAAGAGGUGGUUUUUUCGAGUCGAAGAGGCAAACUGGGAAGACUGGAAUGAAAAACUCAAUGCCCUCAAAGAAGAUCCCGUGGGAUCCAACAUUCUGGAGGAGUCACCUGGUAAGAAGGGCACGGUAGCUGUGGCAACAAAACACAAGAAUGGGUACAAAACAAAGCACCAACUUUUGGAGAGCCUAACCCUCCCGAUUGCUUCCGACUCAUUCGGGCUCCCAGCAGCUGAAGCAAUCCCUGAGAGGGCGGGCGUGAAGGCGAGCUGCAAGGAAGACCAGCAUAACGAGGACCUCCGAGGCCACCUUUCCACCAGCGUGGCUUCUUCCCUGAAUCUCAUUCUCUUCAGCGUGGAGGCUGUGCCCACCUGUGCUGCCCCCAUCUUAGCCAUGUUCCUCAAGAGCUGUGACCAAGAGUGA